GUAAACAAUAACAAUAAACUGAUCUAUUUAUAAGUAAGGUCACGUUUUUUUACCAGGCUUAGUAAACUUUUUGGUAUCGUUUUUGUUCUGUAGAAAUCCUACAUAUAUCAAGAUGUCAGGCCACAGCGGAAGUAAAAUCGCAUUGAUAUUUAUCGGCUUCAUGAUUUACUGCAUCACAGUGGCACUCUCAUACUUUUCAUCCAAUGAUAUAAUUCCAGGUUUAUUUGAAAACGAGACAGGGGACAUAUCGGAUGCCUUCUAUCUCAGCUGCACACCUGCUGGCUGGACUUUUGCAGUCAUCUGGGCUACAAUCUACGUUUGGAACAUGAUCUGGUUCGUUUAUGCGCUAACCACUGUCUGCAGACGUGAUGACAAUGGUCACUACAUCUACCAACUGAAUCUUCUGCCGCCUGUGUUCUUCAUAUCGUUUAUCAUCAACAAUAUUGUUGUUGUAACCUGGCUGUUCUUAUGGGACCGUCUGUACUUGAACUGGGCUCUUCUCGUUAUUGCCUUCACUCCCCUGACUCUGUACAUCUGCUUGUUCAUAUCGUUCAGGCAGCUGUAUAGAAAGCUGAAUGUUUUGUCACAGGCCGGUGCUAAGAAAGAUAUAUGGCUUACACGAAUUUUCGUGCAAAAUGGUAUGGCCUUCUUUGCAACGUGGGUUUCGAUUGCAACUCUGUUAAAUUUUGCCAUCGUUCUGACAUAUUACUGGUCCGUUGAAAUGCAGGUAUCUGUAAGCAUUGCUCUUGGAAUUCUCAGCUUUGAAAUUAUUGCUUGGUUUUUGCUGGACACGUUUGCAAUUGACAAGUUCGUUCGCUACACGGUAACCCCAUACAUUGUUGUUGUUGUCGCUCUGGUGGGCUCGGUUCUGAAAAACUUUGACCUCAAUGUUAACUACAGAAAUUCCAUCUUUCUGGUGACUCUGUUGGCUGUUGUUGGUGUACUUUUGCUUCUGAAGCUAGUGAUCAUGUUUAUUCGUGCAGGCAGAAGACCCAUCAGAGGCAAUGUUGAGGAUGAUCUAAAAGGAAGAUUGGCCUAAAAUCUGAUCAUGGCAUGUUUACAGAAAAACCUUAAACAGAUAACACCGUUCCGCUUCUUUCUAAAAUUUGUGCAAUUCUGCUUUACAAUUCUGAGCAUAAUUAAUGUCAAUAUUAAUUCUUUACCUCUCAGAUUUGCACAUGUGUGUAGUCCUUUUGAAAAUCAAAUUAAAUGUCAGACCUUUUUAUUAGAUUUAAUUUUAAAAGCCUUCAUAACCGAGCCUAAGAUACUGAUGAGCAACAAACAGCAUUAAACCUGAAAAGACAUCAAGUUACUCUGUUCUGGUUUUCUUUAGGUUGCAUAUGGCCAUUUUUAUUUGUACUGAACGGAAAAAGGAUAACAAAGUUCUCCAUCUUUCACCAAUUUGUUAACAUACUAUUGCAAUUCUGAUCAUAACAAAUGUUAAUAUUAAUAAAACAAUAUAAGUAGAAAAUUGAUGGGACGACGCUUUACACAAAUGUAUUAAACACUGUUUUUGCAGAGAGAGAGAGGUUUAUUUGUUCAUUUUUGAUGUACAUUUUGUAUUCUUAAAGCAGUUAUGUUUGUGUUUUGACCUGCUGAGUUGCCUUGCAUAUUUGAUUUUUUAUUACAUAUUUAUGCAAUUUAUACACCAUAAAAAUAGUACAUGAUUAUAAAAUAUAUCUGUAGUCAUACUGAACUGAAAGCACAAAAUGUAACAAAUCUCAAAAACACUCUAGUAGUGUGCAUGUUCAUGUAUAUUUAAGAAAAUACACAAUGAUGAUAUACACAUUUGGAAAUCAUAUUCUUAUAACAUGCUUUUACUAAAUGAGUGUUGUAAAGUGUUGUGAUAAAUUUAAAAAGAUAUCAUACUAGUUCUUGUUUCAUAUAAAAGUAAUUCCAGUAUUUUUCAUGAAAAAAGAUCUUUUAUUUAUCUUAUUUCGACAUUAAAAAAAAUACAAUAACAGUCAGAAUCAUCUGUUAUACUGCAAUAUGAGUGUAGAAUAUACACAAACGCUUUAUUUGUAUAAGGCAAAUUUAUAUUGAGAUUAAUAAAGACAAGAUGAAAUUGUUCUGCCAUGUUAGAUGUUUUUAUGUACUUUUUUUUAUUCUGUUAUUCAGAUAAUUGAUGAAACUCUGAAAUCUGGGUAUUAUCAUUUUAAAUAUAAAUGAUUAAAGAAGAAUUAUGCAAGAUUGAAAAUUCUGUGGAAACAUUAUGUUCAGUGCAAUCAAAAAAGCAGUAUGUCAAUGAUUUUGAAAAGGAAAAAUUUUCAAAACAGAAUGUUACAAAAUAUUAUGAUUAACCAGUUUCCUGGUAAAGUACAUGUACAUACAAUUAUCUAUAGCUGUUAAAUUCAGUUUUUUCAUUGACAUGGGAUUACUAUUUUUGUUAAAGAUAUACAUACACACACACAUCAUGUUUACAAAAGAACAUACUUGUAGUUAAGGAGUUUCAACGAUAAGAUGUUUUUAACAAAGAAUACCUCAUAUAUUUUAAUGUUAUAAUUAUGUGAUGAUAAUGUCUCACAGGGGUGUCAAUUUUUUUUAAAGGGGGGGGGGUAGAGGAAUAUUCGUUUGAAAGCGCAAUCAAUUGAAAACGACAUUAAUAUUUUUGUUAAAGCUUCAUCGUCUUUGCGCUUGAUACCGUUCCGUAUUUUAUUAUAUUAUUUCUGAUGAAUAAUAACUGACAGAAAAUUGUCGCUACUUUCCGAAAUUCUUACAAGUCAAUGAAACGUUGCACAUGUCCGCAAUCAUGAAUUAUUCUAAGUGAUUGAUUAGCAAUUUUAAGCAGUUCAAACCAACUAGAAAUAUUAUAAAAUAGUACAAUUAGAGAGGGCUCGAGGGGGGGGAAGGGACAUUGCCCUUUAUCUCCCCAGCCUAAUUUUCCUGAUUUUAAAUUUGGGACAAUUGACACCCCUUUUCUCAGUUAUCUGA